UAAGGCCUGGCCAUUUUCUUGCUAUGGUUCCCGAAUAAAUCACCGAGUGAGUGAAGCCAUUUCUACCAUUUUUACUGCCUACGUGCUAACCUGAUUGUUUGACGUUUUGACCUCAGUUGUUUGUAUAGUUAGGUCAUGAGACAUCGUAUCUAUACAUGGUACAGAGUUACAAGAAAACAAAGACCAGUAACGAUCACGAUCAGGACCAACGAAGAUGAACCAACUUACGUGGGCUGUGCUCUUCGUUACCUUCAUGACGAAGCUGUGGGUCACAACCCAAGGUAUCUACGUGGACAAUGGAAACCCAUACGACAAUGGAACUCUGGAAGUGGUUAAUUUAACUCUCAGCCAGCACGAUGCCCCACUGCUCACCAAAGUCUACUACCCUAAGAAGAUCGACACCUAUGCUGUCGUGUUUUUCGCGGGUGGUUUGCUGGGUUGGAUUCCUGCGGAAAGUUACAGUGACGUGUUAAAACGUGUGGCCAGUCACGGGUUUGUGGUCAUCGGAGUGGACUACUUACCCUACACCUUCCCAACUCCACCACCAGAGGUGAGGGUUAGGACUCACACGCAAGAAGGUGUUCAGAGUCACCAGUCCAAGAAAUACUUGGAGGAACUACAGUGGUUAGCACAACACCUGGAGGCAAGGAUAGCUCAGCAGCUUAACCAAACCGGGCUGGUGCCCGACUUCCGCCACCUAGCGGUGAGCUGUCACUCUGCAGGGUGUGACCCUAUUGUGGACAUGGCCAUGGAGAAUCAGACAUUUUCAAAGGCGGCCCUAUUUUUGGAACCAUUCAGCUAUCACUUCAAAACUCCCAUGACAUACACCAUGCCUGCCUUCAUACUCGGCACAGAGUUCUCGACAGAACAUCCAGCGUGCAUCUUUCCUCGCGAGGGAUACGACCACUUCUACGACAUGUGGCAAUGUCCCAAAAUCGUGAUGAACGUCAAGGGCCAUGGUCACUGUGAAGUUCUGGAUGCCUGGUUGUACUCAGUGUGUGCCAAGUACCAAUUUUGCAAGGCCAACCCGGACGCAGACAUCAACAAGUACCACAACUUCAUCCAGGGCAUCAGUGCAGCCUUCCUCACCACCACUCUACAGGGGUGGGACAAACUACAGUACAUCACUAACACUACACUACUGCCUGUACAGCUACUGGAGUUUAAGAAAGACUUGGACUGUUGAAGAUAAGGGUGUAAAUGUGGGGAAAACA